AUCCAAUAAAAGUGGAACUCUUUUAUAAUGGGACGGAGAUGGAGGGGAGGUUUUGAGUUACGAAGCCAUGGGAUCUGUUAUUUCUUCCAUCGUUUCUGAAAAUCCCAAAUCCUCUUCUGCCUCGUCGUCAAACCCGACGACCCCGAUCCCAAAAUCCCCCGAAACAGAUCAAUCUUCAGUUCCCAAAUCCCCCGAAACAGAUCAAUCUUCAGUUCCCAAAUCCCCCGAAACAGAUCAAUCUUCAGUUCCCAAAUCCCCCGAAACAGAUCAAUCUACGGAACCAGGGAAGCAAGAAGAAGAAGAAGAAGAAGAAGAAGGAGAGUGUGGGUUUUGUGUGUUCAUGAAGGGAGGCGAUUGCAAAGAUGCGUUUACGAAUUGGCAGGAUUGCAUCAAGGAAGUUGAAACUGAAAACACAGACAUAGUUAAAAAGUGCUUUGAUGAGACUUCGUCUUUGAUGAAGUGCAUCAAGGAGCAUCCCGAUUAUUAUGGACCGAUUUUGAGAGCCGAGAAGGAACUGGAGAAAGAUGCCAAGGACUCCCAACGUAUGGAAAAAGAAAUGGCUGAUGAUUUCAAGGAUCCCCACACGACGACUGCCCAAUCAGAUGGUUAGAAAAUUGUUGCUUUUUUUUGCUGUUCUA